AAAUAAUGAAUAGUAUAUUGGACUCUGGCUUGAACAAUUAUGCGAGAUUUUUUGCUAACAAAUUGUCUGCACACCGCCUUGGCUAUUUUGCAGCAAAAUGAAAUGUCCCACCACAGCGAUGAUCAGCUUCUGCAGGCUAGAAGUGAAUCCUUCUGGGAGCCCGGCAAUUACAAACGCACCACCAAACGCAUCGAUGAUAGUUACAAACUCUGCAAUGACCUACAGCAACUGAUACAGGAGCGCGCUGAUAUUGAGAAGGGAUAUGCUAAAAGUUUGCGAGGCUGGUCCAAGAAAUGGGGUGAACUCAUUGAAAAAGGGCCAGAAUAUGGCACCACAGAGGCGGCGUGGAAGGGUGUCUUAACCGAAUCAGAACGUUUGGCCGAUGUGCAUAUGAAGAUUAAGGAUAAUCUCUGCAAUGAUGUGAACACGCAGAUUAAGACGUGGCAAAAGGAUAAUUACCAUCACACGCUGAUGCAGAUGAAGGAGCGCAAGGAUAUGGAGGAAUUGUUCAAGAAGGCACAGAAACCAUGGGCCAAACUAUUGGCCAAGGUAGAGAAGGCCAAAACCGAUUAUCAUUCGGCUUGCAAAACGGAACGCAGCGCCACGAAUCAAGAGCGCAACGCCAAUGCGGACAGCUCGCUGUCGCCAGAUCAGGUGAAGAAGAUGCACGAUCGCGUGCAAAAGACCAAAGAUCAGGUGCAAAAGUGCCGAGAGAAAUACGAGCAAGCCAUUGGCGAGAUCACCAAAUACAAUUCCGUUUACAUUGAGGAUAUGACAUCCGUGUUUGAGAAGUGCCAAACCAUGGAGAAGACGCGACUGCAGUUCUUCAAGGAAGUUCUAUUUGACGUGCAUAAGUGUCUCGAUCCGACCAAAGUGCAAAGCCUGCCACAAAUCUAUGAAGAGUUUUAUCAUACAAUCAACAAUGCGGACCAUCAAAAGGAUUUGAAAUUGUGGUCGAACAAAUACGGCAUUAACAUGGCCAUGAAUUGGCCAGCAUUUGUGGAAUACACGGAGGAAUUCCGUGAUAUUGCCAAGGGCAACAAAUCAAAAGAGGCAUUGCCUGCCGCGCCCAUAACGCUUAUUAAUCAGCGACCUGUUGCCGAGGAUGUGCAUGAAUAUCCAACGACCAACAGCUUAAAGAAGAAUGCGAGCGUGAAUAGCAAAGCGAGCGGUAAGAGCAAUCAGCAGGAACAAGCAGCAAUAACUCAAACCUCUGCCACAACAGUCGAAGCCAAAUCAACGGUGUCGUCGUCGUCGUCGUCAACAGCCACAGCUGCGACAGCAGCAGCGGCAGCAUCGACGGCAACAGCAGCAGCGGCGGCAUCGAAUCGCAAUUCGAGCGUAACCAAUGGCAACGGCAAAGUCGAAUCCAAUCCAUUCGACGAGGAGGAGGAGUGGGAUGAGGCCGACAAUGUGCUGGUGGACAACGGUGAGCCGGGUGUGCCGGUUAAGGCGUUAUAUGACUACGACGGCGCUGAAAGCGACGAGCUCACAUUUAAGCAAGGUGAGGUUUUCGAGAAACUGGAAGAUGAGGAUGAACAAGGCUGGUGCAAGGGACGCAUGAAUGGACGCGUUGGAUUGUAUCCGGCGAAUUACGUGGAAGUCAUUCACUCAUAAAGUGCGUGAAAUCUUUUUUUUGCGGGAGAUGCAAAGCAUGCAACAAGGAGCAAAGAAGCAGAAGCUGCAUGCGGAUGCGGGGCGGGUAGUGGUUGAGCUAACACAUAGAGAAUAUAUAGAGAUACCGAUAAUACAGUUACAGUAUGAUGUACGUACUAUAUACAGAGUAAAAACCCGAGUCGUGUUGAUGAAAUUAUUAUGAUAUGUAUUAGAAUUUGUUAUGAGCAAUCCGCUCACACUUUUCGGUGUGUGGCAUCUUAUGUAUUAGGCAUUCGGUCUGUAACAGCAACAGGCAAAAAAAAAAACAA